AUCAAUCAUCAUCUUUCGCACUCUUCGAGUGACGACGACAUUCCUUUUUUUCAUUAUCCACUUACCCCAGUCAUUCGUUAUCCACGAUCUUAUUUAUACGUAAUACUCAAUUCUACUAAUUCGCCACAAUGAAGUACGCUAUCAUCUUCGCUGCCACCGCCGCAGCCCACCAGGUCUACGGCGGUUAUGGUGAGGAUGCUCACUCCAGCGUCCAGCCAAGCACAACAGCAACCCCCAUCGGAUACACCACCGUUGUUCCCGGCUAUGGCAAGCAGCCAGUCACCGUGACCACCCAGAACCAGGCGUACCCCACCUGUGUGUCUCCUGCUUAUGGCGACAAGGGCUGUGCCAAGUGGGGAGAGGACACCUACGUCUCCACUGUCAUCAAGGACUAUGACAACAACUACGCUACCGUCACCAACACUGAGCAGCCAGUCGUUGUCUACCACACCAAGACGACCAUCACCCACUCUGCUACUGGAACUGGUGGCUAUGCUGCUCCUACUGGCACUGCCUCCAAGAACGGCACUGCUGGCUGCUGGUAUGAGCUUUAUGAGAAGAUUGAGGAGGUUCCAUACAAGAACCUUGGCCCCAAGGCUCUUCCCGGAUACGGUGGCUCUGGUCUCUACACCAAGGGUGACAAGGAGCAGCCCGUUCACGUCAAGGAGUACAAGGGUGGAAAGUGGUCCGAGUACGAGCACGUCUACUCCUAUGGCCAGCCCAAGCCAGAGGUCAAGGUUUACGAGAAGCCUGGCGUCUACGUAGUUCCCAGCAAGGACAUGGUUGUCGAUCACCCUAUCGACCACCCUGCUGAGGCUACUACCACCGCCAAGGCUGGUGAGACCUGCACCUACGGCGGACAGUCCGUCACUGCCACUGAGACUGGCUACAUCACCGCCCCCUAUGCUGGCUACAAGACCAAGGUUGAGGGUGACAAGACCAUGACUGAGACUGUCAUUGAGUACACCACCAUCUACGCCUCGACCACCGGUACCUACGAGGUCACCAAGCCCACGACUACUGUCUACGACCACGACACCGAGGUCACCUACCCUACUGCCCAGCACUACGAUGCCGGUGUCUACCACCAGCCAGCCCAGACUGUCACCAUCACCUCUGCUGGCCAGGCUUACACCUGCGAGUAUGAGAAGACCAAGGCUACUCCCUCGCCAAUGGUCCCUGGACACGGCAAGACCUACGGCGGAAACAGCUACGGCUCCUACCCAGCCCAGAACAGCUCCUCCGUUGCCUACGGCUCUUACCCAGCUGCUUCAACUCCUGCUGCUUACGGCUCCUACCCUGCUGCUUCCUCCCCAGCUGCCUACGCCGUCUCCUCCCCGGUCGCUUACGGCUCCUACCCAGCUGCUUCCAGCCCAGCUGCAGUCCACUCCAAGCCAGCCCACUACGGCGGUAACAACUACGGUGGAAACAACUAUGGCGCGUACUCCGCCUCUACCAUGAGCACCGUCCCCGUCCAGGCCUACUCCACCCCCGCUGCCCACUACCCUGUUGGAAGCACCUCCUCUGCUCCCGCUGAGUACUACGGAUCCAGCGCCAGCUCUACUCCUUGCGAGAGCUCCACUGUCCCAGCUGCCUCCAAGACCCAGCCUGCUGGAUAUCCUGCUUCUUCCAGCCCAGCUGCCUACGGCUCGUACCCCGCUGCCUCCAGCCCGGCUGCCUACGACUCCUACCCAGCUGCCUCUUCCCCAGCUGCUUACCAGCCCGCGCCAGCUGUCUCUUCUCCCGCCGCCUACGGUUCUUACCCAGCUGCUUCUUCCCCCGCUGCCUACGGCUCGUACCCGGCUGCUUCCAGCCCGGCUGCCUACCAGCCCGCUCCCGCUGCCUCUAGCCCAGCUGCCUACGGCUCGUACCCAGCUGCCUCUUCCCCAGCCGCUUACCAGCCUGCCCCAGCUGUCUCCACCCCAGCUGCCUACCAGCCCGCUGCCACCCCUACCCCUGCCGCCUACGAGAGCACUCCCUCCAACGAGUACUCGUCUGGCUCCCAGGCUUACGGCAGCAGCGACAAGCCAUCUGAGAGCUACUCUGACUACGAUUCCUACUAAAGUAAACGUAGUAGUAUAAAUUACUGUUUCUUUCCUAGCGUUGAGAUUAUGUUGAGUUUGGAAGUGUGUGUGUGUGUGUGUGUGUGUGGAGAAGAGUGAAGUGGAAGGAUGAAGAUUUAAACAAAAGAGAGAGAGAAAGAGAUAUAGAAAUUGUUAGAUAAGAAGCCAAAAAAAUGAUAUUCUAAAUCUCGUU